UGCCGAGGGAACAGUGCGGAGGAAUUCCAGGGCGCGCGAUACGUCUGCGAGCGCGGGAGUUGCAGACCCUGCAUGGCCCAAUGCGAGCUGAGCGAGGACGCAGGGGUGUAUGCACGCAUUCUUGGCAAGGACGGUGUGAACGCUCCGAUGCGGGUGUGUUGGAAGGCGUUAGGUGCGCUGGGGCGGGCGUGUGUAUAAAGAACGACGACCCGGUGGGGUGACGGGACUGCUAUCCCCAUGACAAUGGUUUCUGCAAUUGCGUUGUUUGCGGCGCUGAUACUGGGCGGCUCGAGUGCGGCGUGGGUUGGUGAGACAAGGACCGAGGACGGCGUUCAGUAUCAGUGUAAAUGCUAUGCUGAUAACGCGUGCUGGCCGACGGGCGCAGAGUGGACGUCGUUCAAUAGGACGCUGGGCGGCGCGUUGCAGCUUGCGCUUCCGCCAGCGGUUUCGUGCCAUAACAGGUUUGAGAAUUAUACGUUUAACACGUAUGAUGCAGCGAAGUGCGCGGACGCGACUCAGAAGAUGAGUGGAAGCGAGCAGUGGAUGACGGACCACCCGAUUGCGCAGCUCUGGCCGUUUAUGAGCAACAGUACCUGUCUCCCGACCACGGAUCCGACGACGCCGUGUACGCGCGGCUUUAUGGGGGUUUAUGUAGUGCUUGCCACGAAGAAGGAGCACAUCCAGAGUGCCGUUGAUUUCGCAAGAGAGCGAAACUUGAGGCUUAUCAUUCGGAAUACGGGACAUGACUUUAUGGGCCGAUCGACUGGAUAUGGCGCACUUGUCGUGAACACUCACAGUUUCAAAGAUGUCAAGUUCAUCAAGCAGUACACCGGUCCGGGGGCUUGGAAAGGCUCCGCGGCUGUUGUGGGCGCUGGUGUCCAAGGACGUGAGCUGUAUCGCCAUGCUUUUGCGCAGUCACCAAAGCAAGUGAUUGUCGGCGGAGAAUGCCCGACUGUUGGUUGGGGUGGCGGAUACGUCCAGGGAGGAGGCCAUGGCCCAUUGAGCGGCAUCUACGGCAUGGGCGCCGAUAAUGUUCUCUCCUUCGACGCCAUCACAGCCGAAGGAAAGUUCGUGACGGCCAAUGCCAAAGAGAACUCGGACCUCUACUGGGCACUGAAGGGAGGUGGUCCAGGUACCUUCGCAGUCGUCACAUCCAUCACUGUGAAGACAUUCCCUGAAGUGCCUACCGCCGGCGUCACCAUCAACAUCAACUCGACCCAUACCAACGACACGGCACUCUUCAGAACGGGUUUCCAAAUCUUCAACGGCCAGUCAAACCACCUCAGCAAUCUCGGCAUGUUCGUCUACUUCGAGCAGGGCCCUGGACCCCGCCUGCAUGUCGCGCCCAUCGUCGGCCCUAACAUGGGCCUGACGCAGCUCAAAGCGGCUGUCGAGCCUCUUUUCACGCAGCUCGACGCGGCAAAAGUGCCGUACGACACGCACUUCCGUGCGUUCCCCACGUUCUUCGAGUUCUAUAUUGACAUGUUUGAGGACGAGUCGCCGUCGGCCCAAUCGAUCGUCGGUGGCCGUCUGUUCACGCAGCGUGAUAUCGCGGAGAACAACGAGAAGGUGUCGGACGCGCUGCUCAUGGCCGGAGACACAGGAAUCAACAUUGGACACAUUGUCAAUCCGGGGGUGGGCACGCCGGUGGUGGACAAUGCGAUUCAUCCCAAGUGGCGCAAUGCGAGUACCUUUGUCAUCACGAACGUGUUUAUGACAGGCACGGAGCCGUGGAGCGUCAAGAAGGAGAGGGAGAAGUACAACACGGAGGUUGUGGGCCAGGCGUUGAGAGAGGCGGGGCCAUACGGGGCGAGCUAUGUCAAUGAGGGCGAUUUAUACGAGCCGGACUGGCAGGAGGCAUACUGGGGCUCAAACUACCCCAGGCUCCUGAAGAUCAGGCAGAAGUGGGACCCCAAGGGCGUAUUCUAUACGCAAACGACGCCAGGCACGGAGAAGUGGAACGUGAUCGACUAUGGGAGGAAGCUGUGCAAGAAGGCUUGAGGCUGGUUCAGUUAGUCGAUGCAGACGUGAGACGAAAAUACAGCAGUAAAAGCGCGACUGGCACGACCAGACUGGCUCAUCGAUUGCAAGUGUGGUAUACUUUGUCCGUGCCAUUGUGUGGUCAGGUGAUGGUGGUGCCAGGAUGUCAUUGCGGAGCGGUCGCGACGGCAGCACUAUAUACGUGCCAGCAGACGUGCAGCUGGUGGGCGCACUGCAGCGGCGGUGCUGCCGUGUUUCAGGCUCUGCGGAGUGGUACGGGGAAGACGCGGCGCUGCCGUCAUGGACCGUCUCAAAGCUAAGGGCGGCUGGCUGAAAUG